CUAGAAUGAGACAAGGUAGUGCUGGUUUCUGUUACGAUUGCCUUGAUAUGAACUGAGUCCUCAAGAUCGCUGUUGUAUCUUGGAAUCGUUGAAUUCAAGACAUGAUUGUGUAAAAGUUGGUGAUCAUUCCUCAGUCAGCAGUUGUCUGCCGCCAUGUCGACACUGGAGGCAGUACGCCCCAGGAAUCUAUUGUCACGAGAGAGACCAGCCUACAAACAUCCUCAUCAUACCCAGAAGGCAUUUGAAAUCCUGAACCAGAUGAGAAGGGAACAUCUCCUUUGUGAUGUGGUAUUGAUUGCGGACACAACAGAAAUUCUGGCACAUAAAGUAGUUCUAUCAUCCUGUAGUCAGUAUUUUUAUGCCAUGUUUACUGGGGAUCUGGCAGAGGCCAAAUCAGACCGCAUCACUUUACAAGAAAUAGAUCCUGCAGCACUUGUUCAACUCAUUGAUUUCAUGUAUUCAUCAGAAGUGAAUGUAACAGAAGAAAAUGUACAGAUGUUGUUGCCUGCGGCUAACAUCCUCCAGAUGACAGAGGUUAGAGAUGCCUGUUGUGAGUUUCUCCAGUCUCAGCUUCAUCCCAGUAACUGUAUCGGCAUCAGGGCAUUUGCUGACCUCCACGCUUGUCCUGACCUACUUCAGUACUCGCAAACUUACAUAGAACAACACUUUGUUGACGUGGUACAACAUGACGAGUUCCUGUCCCUUCCCUCAUCUGAAGUUGCCAAGAUGAUUGCAAGUGACCGUCUCACUGUCACUUCUGAAGAACAGGUUUAUGAGGCGGUAAUGAUGUGGGUCCAACAUAAUUGUGCCACACGUGAAGCUUUUCUGGCUGAGCUCUUGGAGCAUGUGCGUCUACCAUUAGUAACUCAUGAAUAUUUAAUACAACGAGUGGAUGAGGAACCUCUCAUCAAAACCAGCAGUCGAUGUAAAGAUUUCCUCAUAGAGGCACUCAAAUACCACCUCUUGCGUUCAGAGCAGAAGGCUGCAUACAAAUCACCCAGAACACUGCCUCGUACCCCACGUGGGCUUCCCAAGGUGCUACUAGUUAUUGGAGGACAAGCACCAAAGGCUAUCAAAAGUGUAGAAUCUUACGACUUUAAAGAGGGCAAAUGGAGCCCACUGGCUGAGAUGCCUUCAAGAAGAUGUCGCUGUGGUGUGGCUGUUGUCAAUGGUAUGGUGUAUGCUGUUGGUGGCUUUAAUGGAUCAUUAAGAGUACGUACAGUAGACAUGUAUGAUCCCAUUAAGGAUGUCUGGAUAUCCUGUCCCAGUAUGGAGGCCCGACGUAGCACAUUGGGUGUUGCUGUCUUAAACAAUGUCAUUUAUGCUGUUGGAGGAUUUGAUGGAUCCUCAGGAUUGGACACUGCUGAGUGCUUUGAUGUGCGGACAGAAGAAUGGCGAACAAUAGCUAACAUGAGUACAAGGCGUAGCAGUGUGGGAGUGGGGGUCCUAGGAGGACAACUGUUUGCAGUUGGAGGAUAUGAUGGGGCUUCCCGACAAUGUCUGUCAUCUGUGGAAUGUUACAAUCCUCAACUGGAUACCUGGACUACUGUUGUGGAAAUGUCGUGUCAUCGGAGCGGAGCAGGUGUAGGUGUGGUAGACGGUCUGCUUUAUGCAGUGGGUGGACAUGAUGGUCCACUCGUCAGAAAAAGUGUUGAGAUGUUCAACUCUGAAACCAGCACAUGGGUACAAGUAGCAGACAUGCACUUAUGCAGGCGAAAUGCAGGUGUGGUGGCCAAUGGAGGAUUUCUGUUUGUUGUAGGAGGUGAUGAUGGGACAUCCAAUCUAGGAUCAGUGGAAUGUUACGACCCAAAGACAAACACAUGGACACUUUUAACUUCAAAUAUGAUGACUGGACGUAGCUAUGCUGGCGUGUCUGUAAUAGAUAGACCUUCGUUAUAACAGUCUAUCCAGUGUUAAAAUGACAAAAAUUAUCAUAGGCUAUUAAACCAAUCUGACAUAUCUCUUACAGAUUAACAGAAAUUUUAGUGUUUGACCAAUCAUGUGAUGCAGUUAGGCUAGUGCCAAUAUGGUAUUAUAGACAUUGCCUAUUAGAAUAUGACAAAUAAGUAUGAAUUAUCAAUGGGGUAUACACUUCUGUUGUUAACAACCAACAUAUAUACCUAUUUUGUCUCAAUAUGAUGUAAAUUACCUUAGUUCUCUGUGUUGGAAAAGGACCAUGAACACCAAAUUACCCUUCAUUUCUACAUAAUGAAUAUUGAUAAUGAAAUAAUAUUAAUAAGAAGAGUCAGCAAUGUGUGACCAGGUUUUGUUCCACAGCAGAGCAUGUCAGUCACACAGGUUAUUUCAGUCCACAAAGUUGUACUAAUGGCCAAACAAUAUUUAUGAAAAUGAUUCCUUGGAAACCUAGCCUCUUUUGACUUGGAUUUCAUCAAUGUGCUUGUUUGAAGACCAUCCUAUAGUACAGUGUAUGGAAAUGUUUAGCUUCAUUUCUGGACAGGAUUGUUCAUGACAGAUUUGUAUCACUUUGUGUCUGUGACUGGUGUAUGUAUUGUGUACCAGGUAUCGUGUCGGUGCUGAUACCAAAAGUUACUUUUGCAAUACCUGGUAAACCUGCGAAAUAAUUUUUGCUAGAGAUAAUAUAAACUUGAUCUGGUUAAUGAUGAUACAUGUAUGAAGUACACAAGAAAUGAUGACUCAUAUUUGAUAUCAGAAUAUAUGAACUGAUAAUACUGAAUAACAUUAUGUUAAUAGAGUGUUAGAAAUGAAGCUUUAUGUAAUAUGAAGGGAAACUUAACAACCAUUUUUAUUAAGAAUGCUGUUAAAAUAUGACAACUUUUUCAUGUAAUCAUAUCAAUGACAUUAUAUUAACAAAACAUUUGGCAACUUAUGUUUUCCAUACAGGGACAUUACUGAAUGCUGUCAACCAUACAUAUGUAAUUUAUCAUUAUUUCAGUUGAGGUUUAACAAUGCAUAUGACAUCAAAUGCUUUGAAUUUUUUUAAUUAUUGUUAUUGUUAAAUUAAUUAGAGGAUGCAUGGUUUUGUCAAGGUGUUAUGUUGGAAUCUUAAGUAAUGUUUAUAUAGAUUUUAGUGAAAUAAAAAAAAUUAAAUAAAAACAUAUGAUAAGUGUCAGCACACAAGCAAAAAGUUUUAGUACUGUCUCGACAAGAAAACUUAAUACUGCAUAAAAAGACUAAAAUGGAAGUAAGACAACCAUGAGUGUAAAAAUUAGGGAAAAAGCUGAUUGAUUAAUGAAUCACUGAAAGAUUGUAAAACAAAAAUGGAUCAAAAACAAAUUACUUUCUACUUUUUUUUCCCUUAUGCUUAUUUUGAUCUUGGAGAAUGUAUUUUGGGUUGGAGUGAAAAUUUAUCAAAGGAGCUAAUUCUCGUCAUCUUAAACUUUGGUUUGUUUGAUAUACAAUGAACAAAUUCUCUAGUUUGGUAAAUACUCCUUAGACUUUUCAUUAUAUAUGGGCUGUGCUUGAGAGAAAUACAAGAUACAUAUUAAUGUGUUUCAUGUUUCACACAUUUUUUUUUUUCUGUAUUUAAAAUGUUUUGGUUGAAGAAGGACAACACAAGUUGAGAAAUGUAUAGUCACUUUGUAUUUAUGUUGCUGGAAGUGUUAUAUACUGGGUAUAGUGCAAAAUAAUUGUUGACCUUCUCAAGGUCAUUUCCAUGACUUACAAAUGAAAAGUCAUGGACAUUUAUAAAUGGCAAAUACUAUGAAGUGCGAGAAUGAAUAUUGCUAUUGUUUCUUUAUAGCUUACUUCUUCGUAAAUAUAUCUAUUUAAUCAUUACAUGUACAUUGUCUCAUAAGAGUCAUGUUUUUUGUUAUAGUAUGUGUGAAGCAUUUAUUUCUGGUUAAAAAGGGAUACCAGCAAGAUUUUGCCUGUGUUAGUUGACUGUUCUAAAUUUUCAAAAAUGUCAUAGAUAAUAUAAACAUAUCUGUUUUGAUCAUGAUUGUGCUCAAAACUGUUCAUGUGUGAAACGAUGCAGUUCAGUGAUUUUAAAAUUCUGUACAAUAUCAUUUUACAUAUAUAAGCCUGUAUGCAUGUUUUGAAAAUUUCCAAACCAACCAUUAAUUUCAUAAUUAUAUAUCUAAUAUUCAAAUUUUUGCAAAUACUAAUGUGGAUCAAAUUUCUAGACUCUUAUGACACUGUACACUCAUAUUAAGGAAUUAUGUAAUGUUUAUCAAAGAUUUAUGAUGUCUAUUCCAUAGACUGAAUUUCCGUUACCCAACAGACAUUUCUCAAACAGAAUGUCAAAUAUCAAGUGCAGGCGUCAGAGAUAAAAUCAGCAUUUUCAUCAUGGUGGUAAAAUUGAUGGAAAUGCAUUACUAAUUACUAAUUUUAGAAGAACUGACAUUAAAUUUUAAGAAUUAUGAAAGUUAAGAUUCAUGGUUGGCUUUAUAAAAUAAACACGAACCAUAGUUCUCCGGUAAUAAGCUCAGGAGCCAACACAUAACAUUUUACUCAAAGUCAGGUAAUGGGCUUGAUUUGUUUUAAUUCUGAGGAACAACAUAAGGUAUAGGUUGGCUUGUUACUAGGGAUGAAAUUGUUGAUUGAUUAAACAUAUUAGAUAGAGAGUAUUCCAGCUUUUUUCUAUUUAUACGUUUGUAUACUGUAUUUCUGAAUUAAGGGUUCAAGUAUCGCUUAAUUCAUUUCAAUUUUUCUUCAGAGAAUUAAGGCACUAUUUUGUUGUGUUACACGCUGCUGAAAGAAUUUGUCAUUUUUGUUUUGUUUAGUUGAUGUUUGUAUGGUCAGCCUGACGUUAAACACUGUUUUUUUGUGUAGUUCACAGACUGUAUAUGUCUCUCAACUUUCACUACUCAGACUUUCGAUAAUUGAAAAAAAAAAAUGAGAAUUGUAGUCAUAUUUCAAAUAUUUUAUGUCUGCUUUAUGAAAAUAUUAUUUCAGUUAACACCCAAAAAAAUCAAAGGUAGAAUGUAGAUGAGAUAGCAGAGAGUAUCUGAGGUCCUGUUGGACUGUAAAGUUUUCAUUUGUCAAAAGUAGAAGAAGUGGAAGAAGAAGGACAUGCACUUAAAGUUUUUCAUUCCUCAAGAUUUUAGUUGUAUACCGGUAAAGGAAGCUUGUUGGCUUUUUAAGUUUGUGAUACUUUGUUUUGUUUCAGAGAAGCUUAUUCAAUAUACCUAUAUACCGUCAUGAAUGUGUAGAAAUUUAUAUAAAUUAUAUGUAACAGAUUGUAAUUAUGUAUAAUUUUAUUGUAUAAUUUAUAUGUUUUGUGAAUUUAUGUUAGAAUUUGACAUAUAUAUAUAUAUAUAUAUGUAACGCUUCAUUUGUGUCUAUUUCUAGUUUUAAUUGUGAUGUCAAAAUAGCCAGAUAUAUCUGGUAAUACUAGAAUUGUGAUCAUGAUGAUUUAAUCUGUUGUUCUGGAAGAUUGUAUAGCCCUGUUUCUGAUUUUUGCUUGCACCUCACAGAACGCUACAUUUUUCCAUACAAUCAUCACUUCUUUUGAGAUGAGUCGAUCACAUUUUGUGAACGAAAUUUUGAUGAUUUUCAAUGUAUUUCAUUAAGUAGCUGAUAUGAAAUUUAGCAAAUUUUCCAGAAAAAAAUGUAAAUUAAAAAAUUUCUGUUAACUUAAUGAGCUAAUUAUAGGUCUGUUCAUACAACAGGAGAAAACAAUACCAUUGAUCAUUAAGUGUUUCUAUAAUGAAUCAUGACCUUUUCUCAGAUUUUGGUUAUUUAAUAUUUGUGUGUUUAAAUUCUAUUUAUGAUGAAGAAAACAAAUAUUGAAAAAUAAAACUCAAGCUUAGAAAAUUAUGUGAAUUAGUUGAAAUCAUUUAGGUAUCUAUUGUUCAGCUGUUUCUGAUAUAUACCCUCUUACUGUAAAUGACAUAUUCCACAGCAAAGUCUAAAUUAAUGGAUACUGGAAGGGCUGUCUAAGGUCAUUCUGCGGGUAAACCUCACAUAACUUCAAAGUUUUGCUCGAAUCUUGCAUUCUGUAUUCUGGGACACAAUGUUAUAAUAAUACAGCGCUGUUAUAGGAGAACCUUUAUUAGCCAAGAAUUUUCUAACAGCUUAUUAAUACUUAGUACUAAUAGUGAUAAACAGGCCAUUUUCAUUUGACAGCUGGACAAGUUACAUUUGUACCAGAGCUGAUUGUUUGUGAAAUGAGGAUAGAACUACCAAUAUUGUUUUGAUUUCAUAAGAAUCUUCUGUAAGCGAUUGGAGACCUGCAUUGAUAUUUGCAAGUCUGCCCCAAAUUAUGCUUCACAUUCAAGUAUGGCAAAUCAGUUUUCAUAUAUGAAUAAGUUUGGUGAUGAUUAUUAAUAAGGGAGCUAACUCACUCAUUCUUGUUUGAAUUCAGUAUGAUGAUCAGAGAAAAAAGAAAAGAAUGAAAUUAUUGAUUAAUUCUGAUUAACUACAUCCUAAUUUGUAAUGUUGCUGUCUGUGAUGUUGCAUCGUAAAAUGUCCUGGUUAUUUGAUAUUUUGUUAUUUAUUAUUAUUAUUAUGUAAUAGAUUGUUCUGUCAUUAGAAAAAUACACAGGGUGUCAACUUGACUAAAA